AUGGCGUACGUCUCGAUCGAAGCUGACGAGAGGGACCUGAGGGUCUCCAAUUUCAAUGUUCCGACCCUCGAGCAGGGAAUGAGGGUGCAACGGGAGGAAGCACUUCAAGAGGACUUGAAGCUGAACAUUCAAUUGGACUUCUGUGCAGGGUACAGACAAGACUCCGGAGGGAGCAAGUUCUGGACCUUUGAGUACUUCCAGCCAUACUUUGACGUUGACACCAAGACCGUUCUACAACGCUGCUACAUGACCAUGUUCCCUCCCUCCGCAACCUCAUACCAAGGCGCCUACCUCUCCCCCGCCGCUGACCUCUACGGGCCCUUCUGGACGCUCACCACCCUCAUCUUCGCGCUCUUCGUCUGCUCCUCCCUCUCCUCCGCCAUCGCCUCAUGGCUCUCGAACCCCGCUGCGGCGACGCACAUCGUCUACGACUUCUCGCUCAUCUUCACGGCCACGUCCCUCGUGUACGCGUACGGCCUGCUCCUGCCCGUGCUCCUCUGGUUCGGGCUGCGGUACUUGGGCGUAGGCGAGUGGAGCGUCGUGGACGCGGUAGCAAUUUGGGGUAUGGCCACCGUCGUUCGGUGGGCCGUCGUCGGACUUGGUGCGCUCCUUUCCGGAUACUUCCUGAUGGCCAACGUCUACCCCAUUCUCGCCUCGGCCGACACGAAAUCCGUAAGACUCAUCGUCAUAUUCCUAGCGUUGUUGCACGCUGGCCUCGCUCUGAGCUUCAAGAUCAUGUUCUUCAGCUACUACGCGCUGAAGGACAUUGGGCCAGCGGAUCCAACGGCGGGCGGGACCAUCCCCUGA